CACGACCAACCGCUCCCGUCGCCCGAUCCAUCAUCUGAUUGCCGCCGCCGCCGCCCAUCGGUCCAGCUCACACUAACCGCUACGUCUCACUCUCUCCUCCCUCUCCAAGCUAAUCCCUCCGUUCGAAAUUACUAAAAAUGAAUGUAUCUAGAAGUACUAGAACUAUUUUAAUUAUAGAUAUAUUUAUUUUUAAGACAAGUAAUUCCGAACGGAGGGAGUACUUGCCUAGCUACGGUUAGCUUGGUUAGCGCUCGCUAGCUGGUGAUCACCACGCGCGCCCGCAGCUCGUUUUAAUAAGCCGGCCGGGUCGGCCACGGCAUGAGCUGCUCCGCCCGCACGCCAAAGGAUGGCUUCAGCUUCCGCCUCGCUCCUCCCCGCCGCCGACUCCGCCCCCGACGCUGCUGAGCAAGAGCAGCCUCUCGCGCAGGUCAGUCUCUGCUCACUGCUCACUCUAUCUCAAUCCGGCCAGCAAGGAGGUGACCAGAAGGGAGCGGCGAGCAAGAAGAACGACCACGGCCAUAGCCAGCAGCAGCAGCCGAAGCUGGAGUGCCCGCGGUGCAGCUCCACCGACACCAAGUUCUGCUACUACAACAACUACAGCACGGCGCAGCCGCGCCACUACUGCCGCGCCUGCCGCCGCUACUGGACGCACGGCGGCACGCUCCGCAAGGUCCCCGUCGGAGGCGCGUGCCGCCGCCGCUCCGGCAGCGGCAAGCGCCGCAGGUCCUCCGCCGAGCCCCACACGCCCUCCUCCGACUCGCCACCACCGCCGCAGCCGGAACAGCAGGACACGCUUCCCCCGCUCCCGGUCUUCCCGUUCCUCACCGACGGCGGCCCCAUCUUCCUGCCACAGUUCGACCUCGGGCUCGCCGGGUUCCCGUGGACCACGCCGACGGCCACGGACCACCUCUAUGACGGGCUCGGGGCGCCUUGGGGUGGCUGCGACGGCGCGCUCGCCCCCACCGGCGCAUGGGAUGACUUCGGCGGCCUCGAGCUCACCUGGCCUCUGGCGGCCGGAAACUGAUCGGCGUCGUCAUGUCGGUCAGCGUGUCGCCGGCGCGUUCGAGGCUCCUGUUUUAUCAUCGCAGCCUCGAUCGAUCAGCUAGUUGCGUCUCUUUACCAGUCUGCACUGUGUCUGUGACCAAUCAGACAUCUUUGACCACAAUAGUUGUCUGAUUACAUAGCUCGAUCCAUUUCAGGUUAUAGUUGCAUGUAUGGAUAUACUCCUAGCUAGCAAACGCAUGAGUAUCCAUGCUAGCUGUUAAGUGCUCCCUUCAUUUCCCUUUAUAGGAGUAGAAGUAUCUACUCCCUUUAUAGGAGAAGUAUCUACUCCUAUAAAAUGUCAGUUGGUGAUGAUGAUGUUCUUGCCUUCGCAACAUGUACCGUUCGAUCUAAAAUGUAUGGCUGAGAUUGAGAUGAGUUGUCCUCUAA